UUCCCGGUUAUGUAACUACAGCUGAGGUUGCGGAUGCAGUAGGGAGGGAACCGGGCCCCGACAGAUGCGGGAGGGGGCGGAGCCAACGUGGGAGCGGGGGGGCGAGGGGGAGGGUCUUUCAGCUAUCUCUGGAAGAUCUAAAUCCCUCCGCUUUAAAAAUUCUACCCGAGUCCGACGGACUGUUUCAAUCAUUCUCUUCCUUCUUUGCCAUCUCCUUAAGACCCGGGGAGGGUUCCCAUCCAAUUCCAUAAACAUUUAUUGGAUAAAAAGCGAACAUUAUCUACCCUCAAGGAACUUGUGUUCUCUAGGGGUUGGAGUGGGUGCGGGAGGGCUAUCCCUAGCAUCCGAAAACUCGAUCUCUUCCAUCAGCCCCGGGACUGUGACUCCCCACCCGGUUCCGGUCUAAGGUUGCCCCCCACCCACCCACCCGCUCAAUGGGGUCACAAUAGGAUCAGAGUCGCCUCCCAGGAGCUGGGGCUGGCCUGGAAAAGAGGGGCCUGGGCAGUUCCAAAAGCAGGGCCCCCAACCCCAGCUCCUCCAUUCCAUCUGGGGCUGGCUGAGUCCCGGGCCCCGCGGGGUCAUCCACGGCGGGAAUGAACAGGAAAAAGAUAAAUUGGGACCAGCCGCUGAGGUCUGGCAACAUUGAUAACUCCCGCCGUCCUCCGCCUUCGAGUGUGUCCCAGAAUUUGCAGGAGUCCUCGGGCUGCGUGAGGAAUCCCCCACGCCCGCGGUGCAGAGGCAGGAGGAGGAAUAUUCGGUGCCAAAAAUGGAUUGAGGAAUGUGCGAAGGCGUGCAUUACCGGCGAAGACAGGAACCGAGACAAGAACCGGGACCAAGAUGGGGAUAGGGAUCUGGACGACGACGAGGACGGGGACGAGGACGGGGACGGGGACGGAGACGAGAUUGGGGAUGGGGAUGGGGAUGGGGACGGAGAUGGAGAUGGGGACGGGGAGGGGGACAGCUCCACGUGGCAGAUUCAGAGCUCGAGCCAACCCAGCCAAUGCUGUACCGGCAGCAGCUACCUUUCCUCCGAAACCCGUCGGACGGGGCACCCCGAGGCCUUCAGCUUUCACUGGCCUCAUCCUCUGGAGCUGGCCCUGGACUUGUCCGCCGGCCUGGCCCUGCUGUCCUUGCUGGGAGAAGGGGGCUCAGAAAUGAUGCUGCCGCCCUUGUUCCUCUUUAUCCUUUACCUGUUGCUCACUAUGCCCUUGGCGAUGGUGCUCGGCUGCAAGAAACGAACUCGAAGGCUGACUUGGAGGGAGGGUUAAUCCAGAGCCCUGAGUCUAGUACACGCUCAGCCCCGAACGCAGGGAGCUCUCCUCCGAAAACAGAUCAAAUCACCAAAUAUUGAAGUCCAUAUCUGGAAUACAGAGCCCCGAUCAGAAGACAGAUCCGAUCUCCCUAAUCCCUGCCUGACCUCCAACAAGAAUCUUGGAUUGGAAAGCAAACACGGGAGUCCAAAAUAUAGCCCGAGUACAAUGGAUCCCAGACCCAAACAGGACUCAGACUGGAAUACACCUGGUAAAAGCAAUAAAGGGGCCCUGACCCAGCUGCCUCUCAGUAUUUUGUCCUGCUGGA